AUGGCCCAAGGUCUCCUCAAAAAGACUCCCGCGAAGCCCGGCUCUUCCGCGAAACGACCCACAGCCCAGGGCCCCAAAAAGGGACGCAACAGCCAGAUUGCGCCGAAGAAGACGGCGCUGAUCAAGCAGCAGAAGAUCACAAAGAAACUCUCAGCCGGAUUAACCGCGAGGACGGAACGGAGUCUCGCGCAGCGGGCGGGACACCUUGAGAUGCUUGCGGGCGGAAAGAAGGAUAAGAAGGCUGGGGCGGCUAAGGGGGAGAAGAGGGGCGGGAAGUAA